ACCACACACUCACUACACUCACUAAUACCCGGUUAUCACCGAUCACACUCGUUUUCAACGACCUCCAUCGCCUAUUACUUAAUACCCACCGUAUUUAAUACCAACCCCCAAACCUCACCAUCAAGAUGCGUUCCUUCGCCGUUAUUGCUGGCCUUGCUGCCGUUGCCGUUGCCGCUCCUCAGUACGAGAACGCCUACCCUGCUGCCCCGGCCAGCUCUGCUGCUCCUUCCAGCUCCGCCCCGGCUGUCCACUCCUCGGCUCCUGGAUACGGUGCCUCUUCCGCUGCUCCGUCUUCAUCUGCUCCCGCUCACGUUGCCUCGUCUUCCGCCCCGGCCUACGCCACCACUACUGAGGUCAUCAGCGCAACCACCUACGAGUGCCCUGAGCCAACCACCAUCACCUACGGCCCCAGCACCUACAUCAUCACCUCCAGCACUGUCCUUUCAAUUCCCCACUACACUGCUACUUACGUCCACUCCGCGAGCCCCACCCCGGUCGCUCCCGUACCCAGCGCCUCCAAGCCAGCUUACACUCCUGCUGUUCCCGCAGCAUCCGUCACUAAGCCAGCUUACACUCCCGCUGUUCCUGAAGCUUCUGCUACCAAGCCAGCUUACUCGGCUGCUCCUCCCGCACCCCAUUACCCCAGCAGCAACGGCACUGUGCCCAACGCUCCCGUCGGCACUGCCACUGGCUCUGUUCCCAGCGCCACCAAGCCCGUCACCCCUCCCCAGUUCACUGGUGCCGCUGGCAAGGCCACCGUUGGCUUCUUCGCCGUCGCUGGUGCCGUCGCUGCUUUCUUGUAAGCGGUUCACUCUUGAGUGAUGUGGCUGGCCAUGGUUUCAUGACCAUGGAUGGCUUAAUCUCAUGAGUUUGGAAAGAGGAGGAGUAGAGAUAAAGAAUGGCUUCACGGGUUUAAUGUCUUCAAAUUCUGCAUUUUCACGAUUCAGUCUAGGAUUAUGGAGCUGCGGUGUUUGCUACGACUUAUCCCCCAACGCUUGUCCUUGCGCCUACCCAGGUCGCAGCAGCAUUUCGCAUGGAUAAUAAUCUGGUAUCUUAAUACGCCAUUUUGGGUUUGAAAUGCUCAAGUACUGUUAAUGGGCUGUCUUUGGAGGAAGAGUCGUGUGGUCUUCCUUAUGGUCUGAAAUGUUCCUAGAUUCUUCGCCUCUAUCUUGAAAAGAGUCGGCAAACACGAUUUUUUAAUUCAACAUGAUUUCCAUCUUUACACUCGCAUCUUCUGUUUUCUCAUCUUGCUUUCUUGAUGAUUGUACAUACAUUUUGCACAUACAUAGUACUAGAGUUUAAUGCCCAUGACCGAGACGUUGAGUUUUACUGCUUACCGCUGUUCCACGGCCCUUCCUCG